GCACCAUGCUGUUCGCUACCAGCCUCGGAACUUUUGCCACCGGGUUCUCUUUCACUGACGGCGGCGGUCGUAUUGGCGUCGUCAACACGAUCGACAGUCCACUCGUCGUGACAUCAAAGAAUGACCCCAACCCGGCGCAGUUCAAGAAUGCAAAGUGGACAAAGACGAGUCUCCAUUUCGAUGGCGAUGUACUGUCACAUCGCUUUGUCUUUGACGUGGAUCUCUAUAGCGAUCCCGCUUUCACCUACUUCAAACUCGCCGUCCUCGGCCAGUUUGUCUACCAAGACUUCCGACAUCUCUGGCUCAUGCCCAAAGUUUCGUUUGGUCUGGUUUGCGGCACGCCUGGCCGACCAGAGGUACCCGUGUGGCAGCCGAAAGAUUACGUCGGAUGCACGCCCGACAAUCUUGCGACCUGCUAGGUCGGCAAAUGCAAUCCUAGAUCAGACUAUAGGCAUACUGGUUGCGAUAAUGCCUGAACAAUGCUGAAGUCGACAUGUCCUGCAUGUCUGCCUACACCAUUUGCGGCCAGGUCAAGCUACGCAUCUAGAAAUGCGGUCGAAGUCUGCUGUCACAAUGUAUCUGAGUCCGAAUCCCAGCCUUCAGAGCAGUCGUCCGGGUGCUCUAGGAACAUUUCCUCUGCCUUGUCGCGCCACUGACACUUUUUGUUGGAUUCCAA